AUGUACUGGGGAAAUCAUGUUAGAAUUCUUUUCACUGUGACUCUGGUGUGGCAGGCUGUUCAUUUAGGAAAAGGCCGUGAAAAAGAAGAACAUGAAGAUGUGAAAAGUCUCAAUGCCACAGCACAAAAGCAGCAGCCCAAGAAUGAAGAGACUGUUAUAAAUGUUCUCAGUGACAUGAAUCAGAGUUAUGAAAGCAGAAAGCAACAGAAUUCCAGGGCAUUUGUGCCUUUCACUGGGAUUACAGAGAGUAAAAAACUGAACAGACACUGCUGCCAAAAUGGAGGGACCUGUAUCCUAGGGGCUUUCUGUGCCUGCCUAAAACAUUUCACUGGCAGAUACUGUGAACAUGAUGAGCGCAACUGCGGGAGCAUUGCCCAUGGCGCCUGGGUGCUGAAGGGCUGUUGGCUGUGUCGGUGUGGCUAUGGUACUCUGAACUGUCUCUCAGAAAUCAUGCACGACAAUUGUGAACUGAAAUCAGAAAAGGAGGAAAUUACCAGACUAUAUUCUAAUGGGCUAAGAGUACAGCAAACAGUGUUUGCACUCGCUUGCCUGCUCACUGUCCUCCUGGAGCUCUGCUGCUGGCAGUUGUGA